AUGGCUGAAUCUGGCCGGUGCAGGGGAGGGGCCCCAGAGGCUGUCGACGGCACCAUCUGCCCCACAGGAGUCUCGUGUGAUUGCCUUCCUUCGUCUGAUACCCUGGCAACACCCAGCUGUGUGGCGGGGUUAGCCGGAGCGGCUGCGCAAGGCUCUGUUCACCUGUCUAGCUGGCCAGGCGGGUGCUUUGACGAACGACAGCAAAGCGGCUCCGCAGAUAGGAGUCCGGCAGUAAGUACUGCUGACAGCGCGAGCUUUGGGGGCGCAGAGUCCGGCAGCUCAUGCGGCAAAGGAUGGAGAAGGCAAUCCGUGUCGACUGCGUCGUCUUCCAUCCUCAUCACAAGAAGUCGCUCCGUCUGCUCCCUGUCGCCGACUCUGUCUCCGCAUACCUCUCCGGCGGUCGACCCGCAAAUCUCACCUGCUCACGCGCAGGUGCUGUCCGUCGAGGAUAUGUGUGGUGCGACGCGUGUUCACUCCCGCGUGUUUGCGCCGCUGCCGGCCGCAGUCGGCUAUCCUGUGCCUUGUUCCAUGUCAUCUACAUCAUCGUCCUCUUGCGGGUCCGCCACCACGCAGGAGGGGAUGUUUCGUGAGUCGCGCAUGUGGAAGAAGGGCGCAGAUGGACUCACCACGUGCUCACAGGGAGGCCAUUGUGCGUGUGGAGCCACAAAUGAAGAAGACACUCGACUUUCUUCCUUCGGCAGUCUUGCAUCUGCUUGUCCGGCGUUGACUGGCGGGGAUCCUGUUUCCUCACCCUCGGUUCCUCCGGAGCCCCUGCACAUGUGGCGCGCUACCCUUUGGGGUUCCGUUCAUUUCGAGGCACUCACCCCUCGGAGCAGUGGCGCGUCUGUGCAGUGGAGUGGAGGGCGCGGCGGAAGUCGAGAGUCGUGGGAAUUCCGGCAGCGAGAGGCCAGGUUUCACACGGGCUGCAAGUCGCCUCUAACAGAUGGUGAUGACGGAUGCGGCGACUCUCAACGCCUAAGGACGGUAUCCGGUCUGUUUUUUAUUGAUCAUGAGGAGGACCAGGUUAAGCGUAGCCAUGCCUGGUCAGAGGGGUGUCACCGUAGAAUCGCAGUAAACUUGAAAGGCAAUCGCGCGAGCAGUCCUCUACGUGAGGAGAAUCUUUGGGAAGGGCUCUUCGGAGGCAAAUCUUCCGAUGCUCUAAUUUGCCUAUUGAAGCAGUUGCUACGGUUAGAACGAACAGAACAGUUAAAAACAGAGAGCAUCCAAUCGUGUAGUCACUGCGGUCUGCAAAGUCUGAACCCUCUUGGGCCCGAGGCCGACCCCCGUGUCUUUUCUUCCUUCCCCCUGUGGAAAAGCAUCGCACCGCCGCAGAGGAGAGCUCCAGACAAGGGCGACAGCCUCUUGUCUCCUGUGUUGUGUCCCCUCUUUAUUGUCAAUUUUGGCACUUUUGCGUCCCUUCUCGUUCUCCCUCUUCUGGCAGCUUGGGAAAGCAAAGAUCUUUUCCGCGCGUUCAUGUCAUCUCCGAGGCCCUUUAAGGCAGCGACAUGUUCUUCUGUCGCUGUUACAGCGGAUAAGACGCACACCACCGGAGGCGCAGGAGGAGAGGGGAGACAGGGGCGACAGCGGCUGUGUCUUGAAUGUUCUGCCUAUCCCUCGUUUGCUCGGCGCAGCGCUCGCGCUGUGCCGUGGAGCCCCGUGCAGGAGAGCCUCCGUUGUAUAUCGCACGCGUUGCAUGCGAAAUCGGAAUACCUCUCACUCUGGUAUAGAGCUUACAUCGUCCGGUUCCAGAAGAUGAGCGAGCGGCAUCAACGCAAGUCGACAAACCGGGUGGAAGGUCUCCAUAUUUGCCGCGACGCGCUGCGUCGAUGUCUCAUCCUGCAUUCCACCGCAGUCGCUGUGGCGUGGGGCAGGCACAUUCAGUUCGACUGGCCGGCUGCUUGCCCCGCUCGUGCGUCGCGUCAAGAGCCUCUAUAUCGCCUGGCUGCACUCUGUCAAGCGCUUUGCUUCCAGCAGUCUGAAAGACGAAAUCACCGGGGUCAGCCGUUGUCGUUCAAACUCCGCAGGGAACACGAGGGCGUCACGCGGUCGCUCCUUUUGGGUAUCCUGUCAGCCGCCGCAGAACGAGAAGACAGUGGAGCAGCCGACACAGACGAUGUCUUCCCUUUUUCUCCCUUCUCGUGGGCGCUUAAUGACGGUCAGUCGAGCAGUGACGGAGAAUGUGGUGAAGGAAAUGACGCGGAAGCAAAAGCCAAGCGCACCGAAGCGAGGAGAAUACGUAGGGCACUUAGGUUCACCGCGGCUCACCUCUUUAUGUGCGAUUCCCAGGUCUACUUGCAUCUGCCGGCAGACGACCCAGUGCCUCAGGCGUCUGGCGUGUUCUUUGCGCCGUGUGAGACCACGUGGGAAGAUCAGGAUCCCAGUCCUGAUGGCGGGCAGGCUCGGGCUGAAACCUUUCCCCGGGUGGUGUGUAACGCUCCACACCGCCCUGGAACAGACACAACCGAGUUCUUGCAGCGUCGUGAUUUCCAAGCGAAUAGCAGAAUCGACAGAUGUCAUCGCGGAGUCGACGGUGGACUAGCAACGCGGUUUCUUGACGUGCCAGCAGCAGGCAUGCCUGGCAGUCCGCAGCAUCCACCAGCACAUCCGUUGUCUCCGGCGACAGUCCCGCGCCCACAUCCCCUCAGUCUUGCUUACCACAUCGAUGAGGAAAAGCACCAGGCGGCGCCUGUUUUUUCCCCGCCCUCUCCCAGCUGGACACUCGACGCAGGCUACCAGCGUGGGGCUCUGGCACGAGCCAUACGGGUUGCAGUCCUUCUUCCACACACAACGUUCCGGGAUUUUUUCUACACCCGAUCUGAGUUGCCACGUGACGACAACGCACCAGAUCUGGUAACCCAAAUGCGCGAGAGCCGCUCACUGCAUCGAGGGGAUCACAGACGAACGGACGGCAGAAGCAAGGGUCGAGGAAGGCGCGGUGAUGCCAACCGGGGUUAUGCUUUCGUUUGCAGUUUCCUGGACGACGGACAGGUCAUGCUGAAUGCUUCCCACGAGCCCCCCCAGCCCUAUGUGGAGCAGCCACACAUCGUCGAUGUCCUCGUGUUUUCCUGGUUUGGCACGGGCGAGCCUUCUCCUGCGUCGCCGACGGGAAGAUCGGCUGCUUCAUCUCGGCCGCUCUCGCGUUCGCCUUCCCCAGCACCUACUCCGUCCUCAUGCUCGAUGUCUCCCUUUCUCACUGCGCCCCAGCAGCGCUUCACACUGCUCUUUCUGGCUGCAGACGGACGUCUCUAUGCAAGUGGUGAUGUCCCACCGAUUCUCGUUCGGGACUCGCCUCUUUCGGCAACUGUCAAACCCAGCCGGUUGGGUAGUUUCUUUUGUGCCCAUCCUGUCGAGGCGACAUGCUCUAAAACUGGACAAUCCCUGCUUUUUUCAGCAUUUCUAGCCGCCAACGUGGAGGGAACAGCCCUGACUUCGGGGCUGAUCCUCCCGCGAUAUCGGUAUUUGCAUAACCCCUUAUCUGGCCGUAUGCUCGUUUCUUACCUUCCGACUUCGCAGGCGUCUUGCCCUUGCUCUCGCUUGUCCUCUUCGUCUCCCACUCUAUCUGCGUCGGUGCUCUCAGUCCCCCUGCCUUGUGUGGGAGCUGUUUCGCAAAGCCAUCGGGGGUCAGCCCGCAUGGCAAACGACGGGAGCGAACUGCCUUCUUCUAAGUCGGAUGUCGAUCAUCCAGAAGGACGCCAAUCGCGUGAAGAGCUUUCGCAUGCUGCGUGGGGGGGGAACGCAACAACCCAAGGCGCCAUUCAAAGCGAGCAUGAGGAGCGAGAUGGUGCGGGCGUGUGUCGCACUAACCCGUGUUGCUGCUCUGCUCGUGCGGCAUCAGAUGCGCCUUCAAGUGACUUCUUUUUUGCGCGCGACAGAGAGGCCACGUCUCCCAGAGUGAAGCAUCCGACCCCUCGAUGUGCUCUGGCUGUCCUCCAGACGCACACUGGGGAUCCCGUUCUUCUUCAAAUGACAUUUGAAAGGCCAGCAAUCUCGGGAGUGCAUGCCACAAGGCCGGAGAGUGCCGGUCCUGCUCUAAUUGAGGGAAUCGGAGGGAGCCGGGAGGCUUGUCCUGUCGCUUUUGAGUUUGUUGUGCUGCAAGUCGGCUGGUGCAGAGGGGCGGACAAACAAAAGCUGCCAGCAGGGGUGCGCUGGGCCUAUGAACAGAGCUCCUGCGCGACAGGAGAGGUGGAGGAGGCCACGAAAAGUCGGAAAACUCAACGGAGAUGUCGUGUCGAUCCGCUGAGGUCGGACCUGUGUGGCGGAAGCGAGGGCGCGACCCCCAACCACAGGCUGUGCGACGAUCUUCCUUCCUGUUCAUAUCUGCCGAACUUUCUGCAGUCCGGGCGGUGGGCUGCGUGCUGCUUGUAUAGAGACGUGGUACUUGUGCGGACAGGAGGGGAUGCCAGCGAAGCGAGUGUGUUGGUCUCGACGCUGGAGAAAACUCAGCACGAUUGGCUAGCUUCGUUCCUCCUCUCGCAUCCGGCUGUGCGGGUGUCAAUUCGGUCUCUACGGCUAGGUUUUGAGCGACUCACACAUCUUCAGAAAGAGCUCUAUUCCCUUCCGGCCAAGCGCAAGGCGGGCGCGCAUCUCAGGCAACCAAAAGGUAGUGACCCGGUGAGUGGCGCAUUUACAACUCCGAGUCCGCGGUCAAAAGGCGAAAAUGCGUUGUGGAAAGCAGGGGCAAGUUCGAACGGCAUCCAGCAGGAAGUGCGGAAGGCAGAUGGCACAACAAUAUCAGUUGGGCGUAAGGCCAAUGUAGCACCACCACAGGAGCCCGGAUUGGGGUCAGAGACAGAACCUCCUAAUGGGCAUGGAAGAUCCAAGGACUUACACUACGAGGCUACUCAACCAGAAUCGAAAAACGAGUUAGUCGGCUUGCUCGAAUGGGAGGAGGACGAUGGGCAGUUGCGUCUAUUUUUUCGUCUCGUUGAUGGUGCGUUUCUUGCUCUCAACCUCCACCAGAAGCAGGUCGAGCUUGUCUGGAAUGUGGAGGGCCGCAACCUCCCGGCCCAAACAGCGACUUCUGAGGGGCGGCUGCGUUGA